CCGUCCUUCUUCUCGCCAGGUUGCGUCUCUCCAUCCCGUCCCUCCUCCCUCUCCCUCCCUCCUCUUUUCUCCUUCCCUUCUCCUUCUCUUCCUUUUUCCCUCCAUCCUCCAUCAUCCUUCAAUCUGGCGUCGCCCUCAUUCCCGUCGUCCCCUACACCCUGCCGGUCCGACGCCAGCUAGAGGAGCUUGGCUCCUCUAGUCUCCUGCCCCGAUGCCCCCCUCGCAGGACACCCUAUCUUCUCUGGUCUCGGACAAGGCUUUUCAUCAUGAAGAAAACGAGACGACCGAUCUGCCACCCUCCUCCGUGACCUUCACCCGCCAUCGCCGCAAGCUGCGGGUCACAAAUCCGCCGUGGUACCGGAACAGUCUGCUCGCUAGCGUCGGGUUUCUAGAGUUCGCCAAUGCGGGUGAUUUCGCCGCUAACGUCUGGAACGACGUGCCCAUCCCACUGUAUGCGAAAAUCUUCAUGGCUAUCGGGGGACCACUCGCGCUUCUCAUCAGCAUCGCCGCUCUUCGCGAUGGAAUCCUCAGCUGGCAGAACGUGCGCAUCCUCCAGGAAGAACGGCGAUACCUCUUCCUCCUUCGACUGCAGCACCUCAACCCGCCCGCCACAACACCAGUCGACCAGGCCUCCGUCCGACUCAUCGACCGUCGUCUCGGUGUUGGAUACCGCGAGUUAGGCUCCGAAGUCAUCGAUCGCAUCGUCAUGGACCUCUUCCUCGGCAUCGGCGCCCUCCUCGUUGGCACCGGCACUAUAAUGGCCAUAUGGGGCGCGAACUCCUAUAUAUACUUUAUCAGCAAUCUUUUGUCUGGCUUUGUCGGCAACGGCUUCGCUGCUGCAUACGGCGUCCUCAACGCAGUUUGGUCUAUAUACCUCAUAUGGCGGUUCCGCGGACACGAUCGGGCAUGUAUGUCCUCCACCGCCCUCACGCCUUUCCGCGAUCGUCUACACCGCCGCUUCCAGUACUUCAUAUGGCACGCCGUCGUGUCCGCCAUCACCGGCCUAGUAGCCGGUGCGGCCUCGAUGCUCACCUGCCGGAUGUGGUGGGGGUACGUGAUGCUGAUCCCAUGCAUGCUGCUGGAAGUCGGCUGCAACCAGUUCUGGCGCGUUUUGCUCGGCUACGACCGGCCCAUCGUCUCCUCACAGCCCCACUGGGGCCUCAUCCCCGACUAUACUUACAGAGAGGAAUCCAAACAAUGCAAAGAAUCCAAAGAAGUCGAAGAAGAGAAGGACAACGUCCUUCUCGACACGCUGGCGUCCGUCAUCUCCAUGCAAAAAGCAUUUUCCCCGCUCCCUCCCACCCACAUCCUCGGCGACGUCGACUGGUCUUCCCUCGACUCGCUCCUCCUCUUCAUCCUCAACCACCAUCUCUUCGACUCCCUCUGCGGCUGGCUCGCAUCCGACUCCUCCGUCCCCAAGGACCUCAGACACUCCCUCUUCCGUCUCGACGCCGACUACACCGAGAUCACCCUCACCCUCGCCGAUCUCCGCGGUCUCCCCGACUCAGACCGUCCCCGUCUCCACGACCUCUGUCGCAAUUUCUUGUAUACCGAAGGGAGACAGGUUAUGGUCGGUCGCGAGCGCUUUUUGUUGGAGAUGGUCGGCUACGCCGCUUGGAAAGAUGGGCAGCUUGGCUGAUUGUCUGCCCUUGAUCUUCAUAUUUUAUCUUCUAUUCUAUGAUGUGACAGGAUAUAAUGUUUCAUAUCUUAGCAUUCCAUGUAUGUGCUUGAUGUCGUCAAUGUCUGCAUAUGCAUUUUCAUCUGCGUCGCAUCUGCAUUUGCAUCCAUCAGUUCUGUAUAUAUGCAUGAAACUGAACAGCG